AUGCGUUUCUCCACCCUCGUAACAGCCCUCACAUCCGCGACCCUCGCCUCUUCACGCUUAAUCGGUAUCGCAGCCCCUUCAACGCUCGCUCCCAACAGCACCUUCACCCUCACCCUCCUCUCAGAAGGUUACAUCCAGACUGUCGCCGACGUAGCCGUAGCCUGGGGUUUCUCCAUUGCUCCCGGCUACCCAGGCUCCCUCGGUAGCUUCACCGACUCGGCGUACCUGGGUCCUGAGAAGAGCAACCAGGGGCAAGACAACGUUACUAUCAUCGCUACCGUGCCGGAGGGAUUGGCAAGCGAUUCGUACAAGGGUCAGGAGAUCUUGUUGAGCGCCGGCAUUUAUUCGCUGUAUGGUGCUAGCGGGAGUACGACUGUCACGGGAUUCAACGUUACUGUCAAAGUUGGCGAGGUGACGGGUGGGGAGAUUGUGCAGAGUGAGGAGCGGGCUUGGAUUCAGAACACUGUGCAAUAG